GACGAAGCAGUUCCACGUUUGUGAUUAGUCGAGUCUUUUUAGUGAUAUGUUACGCGUGAGAACCUGGAUUAUGAGUUCUAUGAUACAGCCAUAAGGAAAGGAAGGAAGGAUAUACAUAUGUAUGUCACAUUUACUUUAGUGAUACAGCAGGGACUGUCCAGUCUGGUCCAGUCCUAAAACAGUAGCUAGGUGGAGAUACAUUUGGUAUAGUUUAGUAAUUUUGUAUCAAACUUUAAUGACAAUUGAAAUUAAGAACAAAGAAAUGAACUUUGCUGAAAUGAGUUGGAGCAUUACAUCCUAUAUUGAAGCUGGUACGUUUAAAGCAUGGGCAGCCAUAGCUUCUGUUGGAUGGUAUUUAGUUGCAAUUGCUGUUGGUUUAGUUUAUGCUCACCCAUACCUUAAGGAAAAAUAUAAAAGCUGGAAAUUGAAGAAGGAUGAACUUGAAUAUGCUGCCAAGUAUCAUAAAAAUCCAGAUUUACUACAAGAGCGACUAGCUGGAAUGGAAGCUGCCCGACAAAGGAUGCAAGAAAAAUAUCUUCGUGAAGCUGCAUUGGCUCGGGAACGUGAGGAAAUGCGUAAAGAACAGAAACGGCAAGAAUUAUUGAAGUUUGCAGAAGGACAAAAUUUUGGCAAAAAAUUAGGAAGUUCAAAUGACGAAGCGUCAACAUCAGCAGGGCCGUCAAAAUCACGAAUACUUAAAGAAGAUUAUAAUCCACUCAUGGGUAGUUCUGGUCGAGGAUAUAAACCACCAAAACGCAGUUGUUGUGGGAAAGGUGGCUGUGGAUAAUUCCAGAAACACAGCAGAACUGCCAUAUCCUCAAGAUUGACUUUGACAUUCUAUAUUUAAUCAUUAACAUUUUGCUAAUGGUCAAAAAUGUUUUAUUUGCUUAUUUAAUCGAGAAAAAUAAUAGUGAAUUGUAAAGAAAAUAUAAUUAACGUUAUUAAUGAGUAAUUUAAUAAUGGAUAAAAUUUAUUUUUUAACAAUAAACAUACCAACAAUUUUUUAUAAACGUAUUUUUGGAAAAGGGUCAAAUGAUUCGUCAAUGGUACGUUUAGUGUUAAUUAAACAAAUGUAUGUAUUAUGAAUGAUGUAUGCAAUAGAAAAAAUACUUUCAAUACAACUAUGUCACUUACCUACGAAA